UAACAUAAGGUACGACUCAUCAUCUCGGAAUAUUGUUUUUUUUUAAUGAAGGUUAACGUCGUUGCAUAGAAAACGUAGAUUACACUGCAAUAAAUUUCGUGUUUAUUGCACCCUAUCUUAUUAGAGACACUUUAGAAGAUUAUCUGUUAUCUAUUAGAGUACGCUCAGUGGACAAAGUGGACAAUUAAUUUUUGACCACAGAUAUCAAUAACAUAUAAAAAGGAUCCUUAGUGUACAAGAAACAAUAGCUUUAAUUCAGCCAAAAUCACUUAGAAAAAAUAGAAUGCACUUACAAUCAGAAGACAUAAACUCAGAAAGUUAAUUACAUUUGUGGAAAUUCUGCUACAAAAAUUUUACAUACAAGUUCAGUCCCGAAUGAUAUGUGGUCAGAGGCGCAAGCUGAGUAGUUACCCUUAUAUUCUGAUUUUUGCAACCGGUUCCUACGCAAGAUAUAUUUUACAUAGAAAUUAUAUAGAAAUAGGUUUAAUGAUGGUUCUGCAAAAUAUGAUUAUGUAUCGCAUCAGACAAUUGCAUGCAAUAAACUGUCACGAUUAUCAUUUAUUUAUUUUUUGUUGAUAAUUAUUUGGUAUACAGUCUGGUAUACAUGGUCUACGUAGAACAAUACAUGAAUUUUGUCUACAUGAGGCAUG